AUGUCUGCUGAUUUGCAACAAGGCACUACAAAUGCGGCUGAUUUCUCUCUGACGGUACUUAGAGCAAGAAUUGCUUUAUUGGCAACUGCCAUCGGUGGGCCGGAUUAUACUUCCCAGAUAGACCCACCCCCUUAUAAGCUUGGCGAUGACUGUUUGGCGUGCUUAAAAGAUCUGAAAAGAUGGUUUAAACUAGUGGAUGACCAGCAGAAAAGAUGGGAUGUGGCAAUGGCAGUAGCUGAAUAUCGCAUCUUGACGGAUGAUCUGUUACCUAUUCUGAUAGAUUGGGAAAACAAAUGUUCUCUUGCAGCAAAGCUUGCAAAGAACAACCCAGACCAUGAAGAGUUUAGAAACAAAGCUUAUUACGAUAAAAUUGCGCUAAAUUGUCUACAACUAUUGGUCCUUAUGACUUGGCCUUUAAUUGUAACUGAACAGUCUUCAUCAAAUCAAAUUACUCUCUAUGGUGAGCUAAAGAAGCAUCAAUUGGUAUACAAGAAAACGAUUCUGUCUAUGGAAAGUGGUAAAGUGUUAAGAGCUGCCAUUAGAUUGGCUCUGGAUGUUAUCAAAAUCGACCGAUUAUCAAGAACUCCUAGGGACAAUAUGGUUCUCAAAUUGGUUUUGAAUUUUUUCAGAAAUGUCAUUGCUAUAGAACCCGGUGAAUUUACUAUCAAUACUAAGAAAAGCAUGCCUAAGAAAGGUAUCACAUCUAUCGAUACUUUGCCACCAAACGUCUCUAUGGAUGACAUCUCUUUAAAUACGGUUAUUUCCUCAUUCCAUAAAAACAAGGUAUUCGGUUUCCUCUUAACGCUGACCAGCUCCUUAUCAAAAGAGUUUGACCAGGACUUUAUCAAUAUCCCACUGUUGGAGAUUAUGUUCUACUUCACUAAAGAUGUUAACCAAGAACUGCUAUUCCCUCGACAGUUCGAAACCGGGACACAUUCAAAGGUGGUAAAUAAAAAUGAGAGCUCCUCUGCUAAUAACAUUGUUACAAGUGCAGGUUUUGAACUAUCGAAGUUAUUACAAAAGGAACACCAAAUGAGAAAAAACGUUAUCAAGCAUACAUCUGCAAGACACUCCAGAUUUGGUGGUCUUUUAUCUAUACAAACACCAGAUAAAACUAGGUUAACUGUUUCUGGUAGCCAAGCUCUCGUAGAUGAAAAAAUAGCGCUCCAAAAACUAGAUGACAGCAAAAAAUGGAAUAAAAGAAUAAUUAAAAAGCAUCAAUCUGUCGCAGCUGAGGGCUUACCGAAUAGUCUCUUGAAUUCACAAACCGGUAAAGCUAUUUUUUUCACCGAAUCAAAUGGUAAACAUUUCAAAGAAUUCAUCAACAACUUUAUAGAUUCCGGCUUUAACAUCUUGUUGCAUAGUGUGACGAACUACUUCACAACUGAGCAGGAUAGGAUGGUAACUUUGGAGCAAGUCGAAUAUUUACUUUUCUUUGCAUGGUUUGUUAAAUACCAGUUGUUGAGGUCCAAAAUCGACAAUUCCGCAGAUAUAAAGCAAGUUUCAGAAGCCUUGAAAGAGGUGACUUUCAUUCUAGUGUCUUCUCUUUUAAGAAGCGCAUAUGACCUGAAAAAUUGGACAGUGACACAUGCUGGUAUGAUUGCAUUUAAUGAACUGUUGAACCUCGUUUCCCGUACAAAGGCCGCUCAAGAAGAGGAUUCGACCGAUAUAGAAUUCAUUGUAAGUAGGCUUUUCAGUGACGAGAGAAUACAAUUACUGUCAAAUCUGCCGAAGAUUGGUUCCAAAUACUCCCUCCAAUUCAUGAAAAGUUGCAUUGAACUAACACACUCGGUAUUGAAAGUAUUAGAGCAAUACUCUGACGAUAAAACAUUAGUUAUUGAAGGCAAAUCAAGACGGCAAAAAAAGUUUAAUAUUUCAGAAGGUGAUAUUACUAAAUUGAUAGAAGAAGAAAAUGUAGAUAGAGAUGAAGCGCUUGAUAUUCUAACCUCUUCUUUAAGAAGUAUAGAAGUCAAUUUUCAAAAGGUGCAAGCCAACUAUAUGACAGAACCGGUAAUAGAAACGUACAUUAAUUUCCUUGAAAGAUUUCGUGAGCUUGAGGACGAUUCCAUUAAAAAAGUAUUUUCCUUUUUCCAUAGAGUAUUUGUUCAGGCAAAAGAACAGGCAUUGUUAUUUAGAUUUGAUUUGAUAAUAUUAUUAAGAGAAAUGCUUUCACCUGACGGAUUAGAUAGAAUGUCUCGUUCAAGGAAAUAUGUGAGUCAAUUUUCAGACUACUUCCUCGCCAGGUUGAAGAAAAGGUUAAAGAAAUCACCUGCUUGGUUUGUUGGAUUACUUUUCCCGCCAUUACACAAUAGUGAAGUAGGAUUUUACCAAAGAUAUGGUGAAUAUAAUGUACUUAAUAAUGAAUCAAUGUAUGCCGCUCCUGCAUCACAGUUCAAACCAAUUCCCGAUGAAGAAGCCUUACCACCUUCGAUUUUGUUGGAUAUGAAAUAUGGUGUUUUAGUUUCCACAUUACUUGAUGAUGGAAAAACUGAACUAUUGGACCAACUGCUCAAGCAUAUAACCCACACACUAGAUAUUUUUAAGUCGUGGCUAACCGUAAAUGUUAAUGCUGGGAAAGAAACAGUUAAUCCACCCAAUGAAUAUUUCACAUUGACAGGUGUACUCAACAACGACCCUAUUUUUAAAGAUAAGGACUACAGGGCUUUAUUGUUGCUGAUAGGAUACUCCAUUCCACGUAAAAUCAAUGAACCUUGUUUUUUACCGGGGACUGUUGAAGUUUCUGACCUGACUGUUUCUUGUGAACUAGUGAAAAAAUACUUAUCAACACCAUUUGAAACUCCAAACGGACUGCCUUCUUCUUCCUAUCUUCUACGAGUUCGUUCAGAAAAGGAUAGUUUUUCUCACAAUGAACAAGAUGGAUGGGAAGGAGACGAUGAUUAUGAUUACAACGAUCCCUACAUUGUUCCAGAUGAUCAAAUUUUAUCGAAAAGCGACGCAGCAUACUUCAAGGAUUUAGAUAACAAUGCAUCAGAUAAACUUAAAGGUACCAAAUUCAGUAAAGGGAUUGCGAGAUCCAAAAAAAAAGAUAAGAGGAAGCGUAGGAAAGGAGAAGCCAAGACUAAUUUGCCAAUGUUUGGCGACCAGGAUGAUGAACGACCUCAGACCGUUAGAGAACGCCAUGGCGUAUUCAGUAAAGAGUUUAUUAGUGAUUCAGAAGAUGACGAGGAUUUGAUGAACCCUAUAUUUUUUGAAAACGAAACAUAUAUGAGAUGGUUACUAGAUAAAAACAAUGGUCAGUUGACCGAGGAUAGAUAUAUCCAGUUUGCCAAAUUUGCCGCGGAAAGGAUGAAUAAUGGGGGUGUUGUGACAGGAGAUUAUACGAGCUUGUUUGGUGGAUCCAUACCAAGUAUUGAAAGCAUAAGAGCUACAGAAAGUAGUUCCUUUGCGCCAGAUAAAAGCCUCAUUUCUUUAGCAAGCCACGUGGCAUCUGAAAUGUCUAUUUUCGAUGUAAAUAAUAACAAUAAUAAUCAACUCUCUGAUGACGAUGUCAACUCGGAAUCAAGAAAUAGUUUGGGCUCAUCACAGCCAUCAAAUUCGCAAAAUAUGUUCCAAUCUGAGGUGUAUAGCAGAAAAGAAUCUACAAAGCGUUCUUUGGAAGCGAGUGCAGCCGAUGAAAGCGAUGAAGAUGAAGAGGCCAUCCGCCUUUUUGGCAAAAAGUCUAGAGUUGUUUUGAGCCAAGGUGAUAGUGAUGAUUGA